AUGCCUGUUCUAUCCGUCUCUGAGCUCCUCAAUCCGGUCGACGCAAAACCGCCAACCUCAAGUACUGGGUCCCACACGCCCGAUUCAUUUUCAUCUGAUGUCACGCCGUUCAAAGUAGAGCACAAUGUCCGUAUAAACCAGAGAACUUUGGCGUCAACCGUGUACCACCACAAGUCUAUGGAAGUCAUUGAAUAUCCUGAGACGACACCCGACUCGCAGACUUCUAUUGCGUAUAUACUUCAUAUGAAAUCGACUGAUAAACCGUAUAACCCCGCUCGUAAUUUCGCAUAUUCUGCAGGGAAACCUUCAGGACAAUCGAAAGGUCAUUUCACUAAGGUCCUGUUGGACCGAGACGGCCAGCCGGUUCCGUGUUUGGUCGACUAUAGCACUUGUCGAGGCAUUCGUUUGUGUCCAUUUGUGAGUCCUCAUAUCAAGGAGACUUCGCAUACACAAGCCUCGAGAGCAGCCCUUCAACUACAGCUUGAUCAGGCUCAUAGGGACAAGCCCAACUUUACGCCCGAGGAAGAGAUCCUCAAUAAGACCAUAGUGUGGUUCAGGUUUAUCACAGACAACAGCUGCGGUUACAGUUUACAAGAAGCGACUCUUUAUACUGAAAAGGAAGAGACCAUCAAAGCUGAGAUCCAGCGGAUGCCUACCAAAGCGAAGCGGGGUCAGAAGAGCAAGCAAAUGUGCCAAGGUGUUAGCCACUAA